CGCGUUCGAGUGACCCCAGCAAAUUGCAGCAAGGUGUCGCUAAGGGUGUCUGAUGCAACACUUCAGGGCAGUGUAGAGUUCAGGAAAACCUAUUCCGCAUCUAUCCUAUUUGGUUUGGAUUCGCAAUCGAACCCUUUCGGCCACUUGGUAGAUUCUUGGUAGGCGACAUUUUUCCACUUCAGGCUACUUGCAAACCUCCCUACCUCAUCGCCACAAAUGGCACCCCCAAUCUAGCAGCAGUAAUUGAGGCAAUGCUUUUUAUUUGUUUUACAGUCCCUUUUUCCUGCCACCCUUCCUGCCCCCCUUUGAAGCUGCAUAUAAUCAAAGCUACUACCUUCUUCUCCCCGCAUGAGCCAUUGUCGGUCGGACCGAUUUGCACAUUCGUGAAAGGGACACCGAAAAGGGAAAACGGGUUGCGGAAAAUUGGUAGUUUUAACAGUUUGACGUCCCACCUCCUCGCGCAUCUUCAGCAAUGGGCGGUGGGGUAUUGUUUCGAGAGGAUCGGGGUGUGUGUGUGUGUGUGUUUGUGGGAUUUGUGGGUGCAUUAUCCGGAGCAUCUACGAUCGCAAAACAAACGCGAGCGUACGGUUUGCCUACCGAAGCGAUGUGUCGAACGGUGCAAUUGCAUCUACUACUACUAUUUGCCUCUUAGACCCUAGUAGGGAGGGGCGGUCUUGGUGUUUGCUUGCAGUUGCAACACUUUACGUACCAUUGUUUUUGUUUGAUAUAAAACGAAUCCUAUGCGCUUCAUGCUUGCUUAGUGAAUUGUAGCCCUUCUGCCAGCGCACAUCGGAGGGAUGUUUUGGGAGUGCCCGUGAUUUGCACGGAUCGUAGCUGAGUGCAAACAACUACUGAUGCGGUACUAGGGUGUACUAGUGCGAGUGAAUCUGUGCUGUGAAGAAAUUGGACUCCUUUUUGGAGGAGCAAGAAACAAACAAAACAAUAAGAACUGGAAAGACCUAGCGAGGUGGUCCUGUUAUUCUCUGAAGAUUGCUUGCUAGUGCAGUUGCCACAAUAUGGCGCACGUAGUGACAGUGGUGUGUUUAAUGUUUAUGCAACUGGGCAAUCUUGCCGCCCGUCCCGAACCGCCCGUGCUCGGUCCGUCGCCCGGUUCGCACGACACGGGUCCGGGAGGGAGCUCCCUCGGCUACAGCUACGGGCCGCCGGCGCCGCCCUCCCCAUCCAUCACGAUCAACAGCUACGGGUCGGCCACGUCCGAGUACGGACCGCCGACGCAGGCACCCAUCAUACACAAGCACGUGUACGUGCACGUACCACCGCCGGAGCCGGAAUACGUAACGACCAGGAAACCGAUCGUUGUGCCGCCGCCCCAGAAGCACUAUAAAAUCGUCUUCAUCAAGGCGCCGUCGCCCCCGACCCAGGCCCCACCGGUGCUGCCCCCGAUCCAGCAGAACGAGGAGAAAACGCUCGUGUACGUGCUGGUGAAGAAGCAGGACGAGCCGGAAGAGAUCGUCAUACCGACGGUUGCGCCAACGCCCCCCUCCAAGCCGGAAGUGUACUUCAUCCGUUACAAAACCCAGAGAUCAUCGGCCGAGCACGGGAGUAAUGGCGGUGGACCAUAUCCGGAGAGCGGCGCGCCAACGCCUCCGACCGAGUACGGGCCACCGCCAGUGCCGAGCCAAAGCCCCAGCAACAGCUACGGUGUACCGCUAUAGGUACAUCCUGGGCGAGUACCUCUACCACAAGUAUCUCAAGCUGUACGGUUUGCCGCCGGAAGCGGCGGACGACCCCUGUUUGGGCUUGUUUUCGGACUGAAAUCGGACUGAUUGAAGCGCAAACACGUGCGACGGCGCAGCUGAAUUUAUGUUAUGUUCAAUAUCUCUAUAUUUCUUCAUUCACUCUAUCUCUGCCCCGCGUUCGCUUCCCACCAAACGAUUCCCUCUCGCUCUGCUACGUCGUCGUCGUCGUCGUCACAGGUGUACUUAAAUAGUGGUAUAACGCAACGAAAGAGAAAACAAAAUGAAACGUAAAAACAAAACAAAACAAAAAACAAGUACACUAUAACAUGUGCUCUGCCACCUGGGUUCAAAGCAUUCGGCUUGUGUGUCGCACACCAUCGGUCUGCUGGAGAGCUUGAGGUCAACCAAAGCGCCGGCAGCAUCCCGCAAGCCGUAACGCAAGCGCGCACGAGAUAGAGAGAGAGAGAGAGAGCGCGAGCGAGCGAGCGAGAAAUCGUCAGGGAAGCGAUCGAGUGCGGCGCGUGCACGAUCGUGCAGGAAAAGAGAUGGAAACGUUUGAACCUGUCGUUUGCAUAGAGAGGGGGGGGGGGGG